GAAGAAGCCAUCGAUUACCCACAAUUUAUAUUUUUGGUAUUCAUUGAUUUUUUUGAUAUUUCGCACUUUUUUGUUUGCCCUCUAUGCGGCAGCUGUGCAUGAUGAAUCGAAGCGUCCGUUGGCCAUAUUUCGCAAUGUCAAAAGGGAAUAUUGGUGUUCGGAGCUUAAACGUUUCUCCGAAGAAGUUAAUGCGGAUUGUACUGCUUUGUCGGGCAUGAAAUUUUUCCAUUUGACACGAAGCAUGGUCCUGUCGGUGGCUGGUACAAUCUUAACCUAUGAGCUGGUGUUGUUGCAAUUUACCAAGACAGAUCUGGUUACGGAUUGUCAACAAAUUUAG